UUUCCGCCAUUUUAUUUCGGCUUUCUUGGUGUCGUCACUUGUGGUGAGUUGCUAAAAUAAAAAUAUUAUAUUAUAGAGUAUAUAAUAUAUAAAAAGAAUAUAGUUUAUUAUAAAAGUAUCAAGAUUCGUUCAAAUAUGAGUUACGGUAGACCACCGCCGCGUAUUGACGGCAUGGUCUCAUUAAAAGUCGAUAAUUUAACCUAUCGCACAACUCCAGACGAUCUAAGGCGCGUUUUCGAAAGAUGCGGCGAAGUUGGCGAUAUUUAUAUACCAAGAGAUCGGUUCACCAGAGAAAGUAGAGGCUUUGCUUUCGUAAGGUUCUAUGACAAGAGAGAUGCUGAAGAUGCGUUGGACGCCAUGGAUGGCAGGAUGUUGGAUGGAAGGGAGCUCAGAGUUCAAAUGGCUCGCUAUGGAAGGCCUACAUCACCCCAUCGGAGGUACGGUCGUCGCCGAAGUAGGGGCAGUAGAAGGAGCCGCUCCAGGUCACAUCGUCGGUCUUUCAGUAGAAGCAGAUCUCGCUCAGACAGCAAAAGCUCCAGAGGACGGUCAAGAUCGAUUUCCAAGGAUGAAAAGGAAAGGUCUAAGUCACUCAGCAAAUCUCGUUCAAGAUCUAGGUCUUAGGUGUUGCGGAAGGUGAAGGAGUGCAGUGCAGUAAAUUAGGCGCCUGCUCUCUAAAGGUAUUUAUAAAUUACCACCUUUGACCUAAGAACCUUUUUAUUUUAUCAGAUUUUUUGAAAGAAACAUUUCGGAUGUGUUGAAAAUGUUUGAAAAUUCAGUAAAAAUGUUUUGUUUUCUAUGUAACAUUAGUGUUUUAAGAAGUAUUUUGUGUUUAUUAUUGGGUGUUACUUGAUACCAUUUGGUGUAUCAACAAACCUAGUAUUUAGUGUCCCUAGGAAUAUAUUCAAAUACAUAGUUCACUUAAAAUCACUUUUGACUUAAUCUUACGUAAAUGUAGGAAAAAAUAAAUCAUUUAAUGAUAUUUGCCUAGGAGACUUUAACAAAAUUGUAUAUUGUUUAAAAUCAUUUUUAGCAAUUUUAAAAACAGGACGUUAUACUUUGAAAAUGGAACUUUAGGUUAGUUUAGUUUUACUGUAAUUGUAAUCAACUUGGUUUAUGAAAAAUGUAAAAAUUCCAUGAGUUUUUAUUGUACAAUUUUUUGCAUAAAAUAUAAAACACAG